AAACCUGCGCCCGCCAAAGCAGAGCCGAAACCAAAAAAGUUAGCGGCAAAGGAUAAGUCUGAGGACAAGAAAGCACAAUCAAAGGGGAAAAAGGGGCCUAAAGGAAAACAGACAGAAGAGACAAACCAAGAACAAACGAAGGACAACUUGCCUGCAGAAAAUGGGGAAGCUAAAAAUGAGGAGGCCGCAGCAUCUGAGACAGCAGUAGAGAAAGAAGCCAAGUCUGAGUAACAUCUGGUACCAAGUCUCUAAUUGGUGGUCCUUAUAUCUUUCUUCUUGUACAAUUCAGAGAAAUAUUUUUAUCAACUAUUUUGUAAAUGCAGGUUUUUUAGUAGCUCUAGAAAACACAUUUUUAAAAAGGAGAGAAUCCCAGCUCAACUCAUUUUUUUACAUAUUUAGAUAAAAGUGUAAAUGCUUUUUUAAAGUGGUAAAAUCAUGUACUGGUUGUCUGUUUUCUAUGAAACCAGAAGUUAAUGGCUUGUUCCAUUAAGGAGAGGGCUUUGAAGUCUUGCUUGGGCUUCACGUUCCACAGACUGUGAGGGACAGUUUUUUCUAUCCUAUUACAUGAAGCAUAACACAGAUCAGACUUUGGAAUUCAUGUUGAGAAUGUCUUAACAUUGUAGUUAUUUAUCUUUAUCUAUGGUUGUACCAUCAGUAGAAUUGCUUAUCUAAUAAAACUGCUCCCUAGUGUUGGAUUUUUUGCUGAGUGAUGUAUAUCUGUGACAAAGUUAUUUUUGGUAGUUGCAGCUUUAUUUUUUCCAACAACUUUGUGGCUGUGAUGCAAAAGAUUGGAAGCUUUUAUUAUACCUUUCAGUACUGACUAAGUAAAUGUUUCUGCUUGGCAGACAUAACUUGUUAUGUCAGUAUUCAAGAUACUGGAACUUCACAUCCAGUUUUAAAGGACAGUUUGUCUACAAAGAUGAAAAAUAUUUGAAACAGUCUUAGGGAAAAAAAGAAACAGUUAUAGUUUUUAGAUUUUAAAAACUAUGUGAAUAAAAACAAUUGUAAAAUUGUUCAUAGUGUCUGUGAUCAUCAACAAAAAGCCAAAUAAAUCUUGAUUAUGAAAGGA